AUGUCGAACAAGCAGUGGAAGCGGGUAGAUAAUGUUGGAAAACCUUUAGUAGUGCAUAAAAAGUGGACGCAUAUAUCCCCACGAUUUUCAGCAAAAAUUGAAUCAGAUAGUUCAAUGAAGCAUAUGCAUGAUCGUAUGCUCUUUCUUAUUAUAAAUCUUGCUGGUCGUAUUGUUUCAGUAACUCUUCGGAAUGGUGUUUGUUAUAAGGGGAUUCUUGGUACAGUUAAUACGGAGUCGGAUAUGGGGGUUGUCCUUAAGAUGGCCACGGUUGUUGAUGGAGUUCAGUUUGAUGGUUCUAAUCAAGCAAAUGAGGUGCAAUGCCGUGUGAUUGAUGAACUUAUUAUUCUUCCCCGUGAUUUGCUGGGGAUUCGUGCGGAGCAGGUUAAUUUCAAUGAGGUUUCUCAGGCGGAGCAGAAAUUUCAAACGGAUGCAGAAAUUAGUGGGAAAAUGGAGUUUAAAGAAAGAGAAUUGCAUAAAUGGGAGCCUUUGACGAAUGAUACCAACGAAUUUGGUCCUUUGGAGGAAUUGACUCAAACGGUGUCAAAUGGAGAAGUUUGGGAUCAGUUUGCUGCGAAUGAAAAACUUUUUGGUGUUAAAUCUGACUUUGAUGAGGAUCUAUAUACAACAAAGGUUGAUAAAUCCCAUCCUUCGUAUAAGCAGAGAGAAGCAGAUGCGGCACGUAUUGCUCAAGAGAUACAGCAAUCUUCAACAAAUAAUGUUCAUAUUGCUGAAGAACGUGGGUUUAUACAGACAGAUAUUAGUGAAGAAGCUAUGUAUAGUGGGGUUUUUCGUCCUGAUAUGCAGAAAAAAGACGAGUUUUUGGAUUGCAUAAAAAAGAGUGAAACAGAUUGUGCAACAUUUGUUUCUUUUCAGGAUUUUGUUUCAUCCCCUCAGAUGGAUAAACCUAAGAUUGAUGUUCCGGAGAAGAGUCUUUCUGAAAGUUCGACUCCUUUAGUCGAUAAAGACAGUAACAAAUUGUCUAAUCCAGAUCCCAUUUCUUCUGCUCCUAGAGCACCAAAAAUUGAAACUGAACUUAUGGGCACCUUUAAACAGUUUGUUUCUGGUGAAAGAAAGAGACUUCAGGCUAAGAAACAAGCUUUGUUCAAAAAGGAGAAGUAUGUAAAGUUACAAGAGCUUUUGAAAUUUAGUCAGAACUUCAAAUUGAAUACUCCUGUUCCUUCUGAUAUUGUUUCAAUACUUUCUAAAGAUAAGGCAAAACAAGACGAAACUACGACAAAAUCUGCAGCCGAAUCACAAACGAUAACAUCAACCUCUGUAUCUCAGUCUUUUGGAUCAACUAAAAAUCUUCAAAAUACAUCUGGUUUAUUACAAGAAAAUUCUUCCCUUUUAAACGAUCCUCAAAAUAACAAGGUUCCUAAAAAAUUGAAUAUGAAGCUUAAUGUAAAGGCGUCAGUUUUUAAGCCGAAUUCCAUGAUAGUUCCCCAUUCACAGUAUACUCAAAAAACAGAGGGGCCACAUAUAGACGUACCUAUAUCUCAGCCUUUGCAAUCAGCAAAAGUUUCUACUUUGGAUUUUUUUAAUAACAAAAAGCCAAAUUCUAUAGAACGAAAACCUAUUUUGAAAAAAUUUGAUCCUUUUAAACGAUAUAGAUUAGAGCAUCCAGAUAAUGAAUAUUCCUCAGAAAAACCUUACUCCUUUCUCCCAACGUGGCCUUAUGGAGGAAAAUCAUAUAAAGAAAUGCUGCAGGCAUUACAACAAUCUUCAAAUUUUUCGCUACCAGGACAAUUACCAUAUGAUUCUAAUGAAGAAUAUAGAUUUCCAUGCACUGAUCCUAACUCAUUAAAUUUCAUUGCCAUGCCAUAUGGCACUUUUCCAUUUUAUACAGCUCAACAAGAUGCUUCAUAUAAUGGGUUUUAUAAUACAUAUCGAAACUUUUUUCCUACUCAACUUAUUCAACCAAUGUACUCUAUGCCAGGGUAUCUUGUAAAAUUACUUUAUACAACUCCACAUGCUGCACAAAAUAUGACAUAUCAUCCACAGUAUGGUAUAUAUAUGCCUCAAAUGAUGAAUCCUCAAAAUUAUAAUUUGCAAACAAAUCACUCGGCAGUUAAUUAUUCUGGUCAUCGGAAUGCGCCAAUGAUAAUGCAAUUUCAUCCAGGUGUUCAUGGGCAAAAUAAUUUGCAGCAGACAAUUAUGAUGACUACCCCACCAGUAGGAAUGAAUAAAGCAAUUCAAGGACAAACAUAUGGAUAUACUGGCUAGGGUAUAUAAUUGAAUAUAUAUUCAUAAAAUUUGGUAUUAUAUAAAUAUAUUUAUCAUGAUGAUAUAGCGAGUUAUAUAUAUCAGAGACAUUCUAUGGACAGUGUAGACGAGAUGUUAAUUUCUCAAUAAUUUUUAUCAAUACGUUAAUUUGCAAGU